AGCUGCUUGGGUCUUGCUCUAUCAUCAGCACAGUAAGGCCUCAACUAGCAACAUGAAGUUGGGUGGCCUCUUCCUCCUGGCCAGUCUCCUCACCCUCAACACAAGGCUCCAGGCAAUGGGUGUCUGUGAGGAGCAGUGCCGAGAAGACCCGGACUGCGCGGCGGGAGAGAAGUGCGUCAGCGAUGGCUGCGGCCGCGUGUGCUCACCAGCCCCGCAAGCAAGCAUCUGUGUGAAUGAGUGCAGAGAGGACAGGGACUGCGGGAUAGAAAAAGAGUGCCUCCAGGUUGGCUGCCAGCGUGUCUGCCUGCCUCUAGCUACAGCAGAUGUGAUAUCAACGACGAUGCCACCAGCAGUCCAAGUCAGAAAUAGCCCUCACCAUCUGGGCUGGCAGAUCCACUUCUAAGACGGCCUCCUCGGUCACAUGCGGUGCCUGGGCUGGGAAUUUCAAUGGAGCUAUGUAUGUAUGGCCCUUCUAGAUGGCAGUCUUAGGGGUCAAAGAUGAGUGUUCCAGGUGAAUAAGGUAGAAGCUGCCUGGCUUUUUGUGACUUAGUCACGGAAGUCCUAUUGUAUCUCUUGCAUCAUAAUCUAUUGGUCAAAGCAGUCACAAGCCUGAUCAGAUUCAAGGAGAGGGGACCUAGAUCCCUGUUUCUGGUUGAGAGGAGUGUCAAAGAAAUCAUGGCCAUGUUUUAAAAUCACUAGAGUAUCAUUUUAUCUGUAAAUGUUUCUAUAAGCUCCUUAUUUUUAUUUUUUAAAAAUUUUAAUUAAUAGUCGAUUUACAAUAUCAUGUAAGUUUCAGGUGUUCCGCACAGUGCUUCAGUUGUGUUAGCUUCUUUUGCUGCUGUGACAAAUGAACCUCCAUCUUAAUGGCCUAAAACAACACAGAUGUACUCUCUUACCUUUCUGGGGGUCAGAAGUCUGAAAUGGGUCUCUACUGGGUUGAAAUCAAGGUAUCUGCAAGGCUGCCUUCCUUUUUUGGAGACUCUAAGGGAAGAUCCAUUUUCUUGUCUUUUUUGACUUCUAGAGGUUGUACCACAUUCCUUAUCUGUAGCCAGCAAUGGACAGUCAAAUCUUUCUCACAUUGCAUCACUCAGACACUGACAGUCUUGCUACCCUUAUGAGAAUCCUGAUAAUGACACUGGGUCAUGCAGAUAAUCCAGUAUAACUCCCUAUUUCAAAAUCAGUUGAUGUCUAUCUUGAGUCCUCUUUUCUGUGUAAUGUAACAUAUUCACAGGUUACAGUGAUUAGGACUUGGCCUCUGAGAGAAGGGUCACUAUUCUGCCUACCGCGCUACUUCAGUCUAUAUCUUAAAAAAAAAAAAAAAAAAAGAAUUAAAAAAUACAGUCACAGUACCAUUGCUUAUUGGCCAUCUGUAUGUACUCUUCCCUGAAAUGUCUGUUCAUGACUUUGGUCCACUUUUUAAUUGAAUUCUUCAUUCAUUUGUUUAAGGUCGAAUUUUGAGAGUUCUUUAUAUAUUCCAAACACAAGAGCUUUGUCAAACAAGUCUUUUGAAGAGCAAAACUUUAAAAUUGAUGUGCUCCAAUUUUAUCAAUUUUUCAUUUUAUGGGUUGUGCUUUGGGUAUCAAAUUUGAGAACUUUUUCCCCUUGUCUUAGGUCUAGAAGAUGUUGCUCCUAUUUUUUUUUUUUUUUCAAAAAAGUUUGGUCAUUUUAUGUUUUACAUUUAGGUUCAUGAUGCAUUUUGAGGUUUUUCUUUUUGUGUGUGUGUGUGUGUAAGGUAUGAAAUUAAGGUCUAGCUUUCUUGGUUUUGUUUGUUUUUGGUCUAUAGAUAUCCACUUACUUUGGUACCAUUUCUUAAAAAGUUUAUUCUUUCUCCAUUAUCCCUUCUAUAAAUGUUUGCUAGAAUUUGCUUUUGAAGGCUAUGAGAAUUUUGGUAGGGAGGAGGACUUAAAUUACUUAAUAGAAAAAAUUCCUUAAUAGAUAUAAGACCAUUCAUAUAUUCCAUAUAUUUUUGUUACAUAGUCUUCUCAUGUCAGUAAAUUAUAUUUCUGAUAAGGGUAAAAGGGACUAUACUUCAAAGAAACAACAAAAUUUAGCAACUAUGUACCAGCCUGAGCUGGGAAAGUAACUUGGGUCUGGAUUUUGAGGGUAAUUUGAUCAAGGAUGAAGGACAAGCAGGAGUCAAGAUCGCCAGG